CGUCGAGUUGCUAUCGUGUCACUUCCGUAAACAACAUGGCUGCCACAGGAAAGGAACCGAUGUCGUCUAUCGAAAAUGAUGCUGUUAACUACUUAGAUAAACACAAAAUUAUGGAAUUAUUCAAUAAUUUAACGUCUCAAUUAAUAUAUCAGCGUCCAGAUGAUCCAAAGAAGUUUAUGAUCGAAAAUUUAGAAAAGCUCCAGAAAUCCAAACAGUCUAAAGUUCAUUGUAAUAAUUUAUUUGAUGAUAGUAAUAUUAGAUCAGUAUUUGGAAUGUUGGAUCCUACAGGCAAAGGACACAUUACAGUCAAACAAUACAGAGAGGCAAUGGAGACAUUAGGAAUAAAGAAGUUUUCACAAACACCUACUGGACAUGAAGAUGAUAUGAUUUGUAUGGAAACUUUCUUCACUGAUGCGAAAAAGGGUUUGGAAGAUUCGGCAUCAACUUUUGCAGCACAAUAGGAUAUUAUGUUUUUUAUUUAUUGAAGAUAUUGACUGUGAUAUUAUCAUUGACUCCACAGUGAACUAAAAUAUAAUUGACCUAAUGAAGUUAUAUUAAAGAGAUUGUACACAUUA